GCGUAAGAUGCAGCAGCCCAGACCAGUAGAUAGGCUUUUUAAGUUUUGGACUUUUCCCAAUGACCGUACGACCGUACAGAGGAAGACGACAAUGCUGGAUCUUGGAAUCCGUCAUGGAAGUGAACGAAAAUGGAGAAGCCCGGCGGCGACACGGGAUAGAGGCACGACGUCCUCUUCCAGUAAAUACUGCCGAGAAAGAUUGGCCGCCGCUGGAUCCGUCGACGGCUCGUCCUCUUCCUCCCUCACGUGCUCCGAAUUCAAAGAUCCACAAAUUCCCCCCUUUUCUUCGUAAAUUGUGCAUAUUUUCAUGUCUAAUUCGCACGAUUAAUUCGAUUCAGAAACAUAUGUCUGACGUUGUAAAGAUCGUGUAGAUUCCUCCUGAAUAUGGCGACACGCAUUUGUGGGACGAGGUAUGUAUUCCUUUG